GGUUGGGUGCCGUGUCCAUCGCGCAGCGCCGCGCGGCCAUUGGGCGGCGGCGCGGCCGUCCCUUGGCGGCGGCGGCGCGCGGGGGAAGAUGUCGGGCGGCGACGCGAAGAAGCUGGUGCGCUCCCCCAGCGGGCUGCGCAUGGUGCCCGAGCACCGCGCCGCCCGCAGCCCCUUCGGCCUGGACGAGCCGCCCUGGGUGCCCGACAAGGAGUGCCCAAGAUGUAUGCAGUGUGAUACAAAAUUUGACUUCAUAACUAGAAAGCAUCACUGCAGAAGGUGUGGGAAGUGUUUCUGUGACAAGUGCUGCAGUAAGAAAGUGCCUCUGCCCCGCAUGUGCUUCGUGGACCCCGUGCGGCAGUGCGCCGAGUGCGCCCUGGUGUCGCAGAAGGAGACCGAGUUCUACGACAAACAGCUCAAAGUGCUCAUGAAUGGUGCUACAUUCUUUGUAACUCUGGGAACAUCUGAUAAAUCUGAGCUCAUGGUUUGUCGACUCUCCAACAACCAGAGAUACCUGGUUUUGGAUGGAGACAGCCAUUAUGAAAUUGAAAUUAUACAGAUUUCAACUGUUCAGAUACUUACAGAGGGAUUUACUCCUGGAGAAAAAGAUAUUCACACUUACACCAGCCUCCUGGAGAGCCAGCCUGUUACUGAAGGAGGCAACACUCGUGCCAUAGGAAUGGUCCUGCAGUACAAGGUGCCAGGGUCAGAGGAGGUGAUGCAGAUGAAGUUUACUGCUGGUGAAGACUUCAGCUGUAACAAGAAGCUGUCAGCAGCCUGGCUGGCAGCUAUGCAUAAGGCAACAAAACUUCUCUAUGAGUCUCGGGACCAGUGAGAACUGCAGCUGUGGCCUCCUGGGGGCACACACAGACACCAGCCUCCACAGACCUGCCUCUCACUUUGUGCUGAUUUGACAGCUGGAAAUAUUUGCUGUUCUUGACUCUCUCUCUCAUUCCAGCGUGGUUCAUUAUGUAAGAACUGGCAAAUGCAAUGUGAGUAUUUUUUUGAACCAUGAGUAUUCACGGUAGUGUGCAAUAUGUAUACAGUUAAUGCUUUAAACAGCCUCACCUUUUAAGACUUUGUAUAUUUUGUUAAGCCUUUACUGGCACUUAAUAUGAAAGUGACCUGCACUACAGCUAAUGUACAGCACAACUUUUAUAGUAACCAUUAUAUAUACUGUUUGCUACAGGAAGCAAACAAAUGUGUAUGUCUCUUCUGCAGAGAAUAGCUUUUGGGUAUAGAUCUCAGGUUUUUCCCUCUAUCCAAAUGUUUAAAAUCAAUGUACAAAAAGAAAUCUGCCUUAGAUAUGAUUUUAUAGAAAUCACAUGGGUUUUUUUAAACAUCUAAAUUUUUCACUGAAUACCACCAAAUUUGACUUGUAUGAACUCGACCGUGAAACUUCACUUCUGUAAUAAGCUUCCAGAAUAAUUUUUAGUUUUGUAUUUUCUUUUUUGGUAAUGAGCUUUUGUUAAUCUAACUGUAAUGCUAUCUGAAAUUGUAUACAAUUUAAUGUACAAAUAUGAAUAAAUUAAUUCACUUAUUUAAAAAAA